AUGGCGCCCACAACUCCCACUACGCCGCAGUUCCCUCGCUUGGAUCCUCCCACGCCAUCUCGCUCUCCCUCUCGGUCACCUCGGCGCAGAGCUCAAUUCGCCAUUAGAGAGCUCGACCCCCUCCUAGGAAAUUUGACACCGGGCUCGACACUGAGAGCACUACAGGCGACAGAAACCAUUUCCGGUGGUGCUGCACAAGAAGAUGCUUUGACUACCAGCAUUGCGGACGCAACCCCUGCAGAGCGAGAGAUUGGCAUAAGAGCUGCUUUCGCCGCCCAGAAACUGCGGGAAUGGAAGAAUGAAUUGUCACAAUGGACGUGGCCGGGCAAGAAAGAGAGAGGAUUUGGUCUAGGAUUCGUGCCUCCGUCAAAUACAAGCGGCAAGCCCGAAGAGUACCGUGGCUGUUUGCCUGCGUCUGUGGCGGAAGACUACGAGGCCAGAAUAGAGGAGAUUAGGGAUGACCUCGACAGUAUGGGCAUCGACGAGAUCAAGGACCAUGUGCUCGAAGCUCAUCUACCCGCAACGAGUCCGACAAAAGCUUCGCGGUCAGUUGGUCCUCGCUCAAGCUACGGGAGAAUGCGCGACUUCACUGCCCUGAUCACUGCGACAGUUAUACAAGCACUUCCAGACCUUGCCAAGUUGAACAUGUUGCUUGACACCUGGGAUGUGCGAUUGAGAGUGUUAAGAGACCUUGCGAGAUUUCUCGACGUUAUGCAGUCCACCAAGUCUGAGAUUCAGCAAGCAUUCGAUGAGAUCAGGACGCCAGAUUCUGCGCAAGCUCUGACUAGGUCGUCUUUGGACGAUAAGAAGAUGGCAUUGGGUGGACGCGUAUCAGACCUGGGGCGUCGCAUUGAUCGAUUCCUCGAUAUGCUUGAGGGGCGCGAGGAUUCUCUCCCACAGGCCUGGAUCGAUGUCCUCGAGAAGAUCGAGCUCGAUUAUGCAACCUGGGCGGUCGAAGCAGACCACGUUGUGCUCAGAAACAACCUGGCAUCAAAAAGUAGCAGGAAUACUGGAACUGAAAAUAUUGCUGGAAGCCCUGAACACCCGGAAUCCUUACGUGAGGAAAUUGUACGGCAAGAGCUAGGAGGACAGGCAGAGGCUGCUCAGCCGUCUACGAUAACUGGUGCCUUGCCCGAAAACAUGGUACUUGAUAUUUCUCCGUCAGACCAGGAGGAGGUUAGAGCAAAGCGCAGACCGUCUCUGAAGCUUGACCUUGCCAACCAAAAGGGCCACAAACGAGAAGUUUCAAAAGUUUCGGUUGCUGACUCAACAUACUCGACGUUCUCAGACAUCUCCAACGCGGAAAUCAUGGACGCCAGGACUACCAGUGUCCUCCCAAGUCCGAAGAUCAGCGUGGUGGAGAAUCCUUUUCCAACAAGCCGGGAUGAGAUCGCUUGGUUUGGAUCGCCCUCCGCAGCUCAGCAACAGAUGGCGUUGAAGCCACCCAUGCUGCAAAGAGCGUCAACCGCGUCUAUAGAGGUCUUCCCGAAAGAUAAAUUGAAACAAGUUGUGCUGAGACGGGCUGCCAGUUGGGAUAUUCUUACCCAAAUAGCCGAGUCGCCUGAGAGUACCCCGUCAAAGGCGCUGAAACAAUUGACAGCUGCUACGGGUUCUACAGUGGCAGCUCCUUCAGCUGAAGUGGACGUACACCAACCUUCAUCCCCUCCAAGCGCAAAUUCAACGGCCAGGCAUCCCGUCGUUUCACCAUCCCUUCAAGUCGACUCUGUGGACAUGCACUCGAGGCAAGAACCGCCUCUACCAGUUUUGCCAAGAAGGUCGAGUAAGCGCAACAGUACAAUUGACAGCUCUCCAAUAACACCGGUAGCGAGCAGGGGUAACGAAGAGAGCGUGGGGGGAGGGCGUUUUGACACCCUCUCGGCCGAAGUAGGACAAUCCCCGAGACGGCCAAAGACGAGAGAAUCGCUUGACGACAGAAUCCAAGACAUUCUCACGAGCCUACCUACUAGAAUCCGGUUGGCAAAAGAUGCAGAUGCUCAAUCGUCGUCCAACUCGUCAACUCGUGCCUCAACCCCCACUGCUUCAUUGACAUUGUCACCAGCCAAAGCGGACCCGUCAAGCCGUAGAGGCAGCCUCGCCGAUCCUGACAUCAAAUUAUAUCAUCUGACACGCUCAGGACAAGGUCGCGAGGCGCCCCCAGUCAAGCUCUUUGUGCGCACAGUCGGAGACGGGGAUCGCGUGAUGGUUCGGGUUGGUGGUGGAUGGGCGGAUCUGGGAGAAUACCUGCGAGAGUAUAGUCUUCAUCAUGGAAGCCGGGCGACUGUCGAUGGUCGACUUGAGGUUGCCAGCUUCCCUGGGAACGGACCUAGAGACUCUGUGAGUUCUGCUAGCGGAGCGUCGGCUUCCCAAGGACGGCGAAAAUCAAGAUCACCAACGGUAGCCCAAACGACGUUCGAAGGCACGACAUCGGCUGAGCUGGUCAACCCCAAAACUCGAUCAUCCACCCAGCGACACCGCUCCCCUGAACGUCGCAAGAGCAGAGGUGACGGUGCGUGGACAACGCCUCCAGUGCCACCUAUCCCACCAUCUUAUACCGUUAGUCCUCCGACCUUAGCCACGUCCACUAAUCAUGAGACUGGUACUGUGGCAAGCAUCAUCGACCCUGCCACGGUACUGUCGAAGGACCAAUUUCAACAGCCGCGACAAAGUCCCGUGACUGCGUCUCUCCCAAGGUAUUCAACUGUCACCAGCCCGGGCGGGGUCACGACAACAACGGUUGUGACUCCUCCUACCACGACAACAAAUUAUACUCCUCUUGGUGCCGCUGGGCCCAAAAUGAACGUGCGACGAGCAGCAACAUAUGCGACCACACCCGCCGCGAGUAAUGAUGCUUGGGUUCAGGGGAUGGUCGGCAAAGCCAGGGCGGUCAGUGGUGGUGGCAGCUCCACGAUUGUUCAAGGGCCUAAUGGCACCACCACGACAACGACCACCACCACAACGUUCACCUCCACGCCACCAAGCACGGGCCGUCGAGCAUCAUCGUAUUUCGGUUCCAGCCCGAGCUCCAACGUGAAUUCGAGCCCUGUGACCAUUUCCACCAGCCCGAGCACGAGUUCCAUUGCCAGUGACGCGAAGAUUUCACGGCGGACAAGUCUUGCCGCGCGACCCAAAGGCAGCCGUAUGAGCCUUGGGGAUAUUGGCGGGAUUAAGAGAGUGUUUUUGAGAAAGAAGUCGGAAGGGGCCAAGUAG